ACUUGAGUUCUCGACUUGUACGGAGACCGCUCUUGUCUUUUCGCCGGUCUACACGGACCACCACAACGCAGCAGCGGAGCCCUCCACACCGAAACGCCCGCAUGCGAGACACAGAGGAUACCAGGAAGAUAAUUGUUACAUAACCGGACUACUUUUUUGUUUCUCUUUCGUCUUUGCGUACGACCCGUUUUUGAAGUCAAGAUGGAGAACGAUGAUAAAUAUCUGCCCCAGCUGCUGGCAGAAAAGGACACGCUGGACCCGUCCUUCAUUCACGCCGGGAAACUUUUAAACGCUGAAAUUGACAGAAUCCAAAAGGGCGACUCUAACAAGGGAGCUGAAACGUAUCUGGAUCUGUUCACGACAAAGAACAUCAAACUGAAGGAACGUGUGCUCAUCCCUGUUAAGCAGUAUCCGAAGUUCAAUUUUGUCGGGAAGAUUCUGGGACCCCAAGGCAACACUAUUAAACGUCUUCAGGAAGAGACUGGAGCAAAGAUCUCUGUGCUUGGCAAAGGAUCUAUGAGGGACAAAGCCAAGGAAGAGGGUCUGCGGCAGGGAGGAGAGCCCAAGUACGCCCACCUGUCCAUGGAGCUGCAUGUUUUCAUCGAGGUGUUCGCCCCUGUGCCUGAGGCCUACAUGCGAAUGGCGCAUGCGAUGCAGGAGGUCAAGAAAUUCCUGUUUCCUGACAUGAUGGAUGACAUCUGCCAGGAGCAGUUCAUGGAGAUGGGCUAUCUGAAUGGAGGCCAUGAGCCUGGUGUGGGCAGAGGGGGUUUUAGAGGCAGAGGAGGACCCCCUCCCGGGUUGCACAGGGGGAGAGGAAUGCCACCCCGCGGUGCUCCUCCGAGGGGAGGUGUGACUCGAGGCGGCCCAGUCCGGGGUGCUCUAGCAGGCCGUGGUGGACCACCUGCAGCUGCUGCCAGGGGAGCGGCUGCGUCCCGAGCAAGACCACCAGCUGCUGGACCGCCCCAGAGAAUGGCUCCACCUCAUCAGCAUAAUGCUGCUGAGGGCUACGAUGAAUAUGGCUGUGAUGAGAGCUACAAUGAGACCAGCUACGAUUCUUACAACAGCUACUACAGUCAGCCGCAGGGAGAGCAAGAAUUCUACGACUAUGGACAUGGAGACAACACAGAGUCGUAUGAGUCGUAUGGCCAGGAUGAUUGGAAUGGGACCCAGCGAUCCACUCCAGGAAAGGCUGCCCCCGCUUCCAGAGGAGCCAAGUCCACUUACAGGGAACAUCCGUACCGACAGUACUAAAGCUCACCCACCACCCCUAAAGUGUCACCCUGACUCUCGCCUGUCCAGACAUGGCAGCUCUCGCUUUAAGCAGCCCGACAAAAGUAAUUGUCUGUUUCGUCUGUGUUUUUUUUUUUUCCCAUGUUGGAGUUGGACACUUCAGAACUGUUUUUGAAUUUGACCUCCGACCCCCGCCCCCAUCCAUUCGUCAUUCACCCAACCAUUCAACCAACUGCAGGCUUGUAAAUGGGUAAAAGGGAAAAAAACAACUGGUAUCCUUGGUUCAUUUGAGUUUUUGUUUAUUUUGCUGUAUUUUUCUGACCCUCUUUAUAACCCUCUGGCUUUUUUUGCAUUGUUGAUUUGUUUUGUACUGUUUGGAAACCGAUUUCUUGUAGUUGUUUAUCAAAAAGAGUUCAUUUAGACUGAACACAAAGACUAUGUCGAGGGUUAGUUGCAGACUCCCAUUUAGGCUACAUUUCAAAAUUCUGAUAAUAAAGCCGUGUAAAACAACAUUAAAACUUGAAGUAGAGUCAAAAAUCUUAAAAAGUGAAGCUUAAAGAAUCCUUGGAGUAAAGUUCCAUUCAUCCUUGACUGGUUUAAAUAGUUCUAAAACCUUGAGCUUUAGGGAGCAUUAUGUUUCUGACCUCGAGUUUUGAAAUAUAGCCCCAGCAGACACUGUUGAGAUGGACUGUCCUCAUAUCCUCAAUUUGAUUUGCAGUGAAAAACUAUGAAUUGUCUUUCCCUUUGUGGCCAUAUCAUGGCCUGUGCUGUUAAUUGAAUUUUCAAAUUGGAUUCUCUUUUGGAUCUGUUGACAUGCAUGAAAAAAAAGUCUUAUCCAAAAGGAUUGGGACAAAAAUCUCCACAUGGGUCUUCUCUGUCUGUAGAGAAGGGAUCCUGCAGCUCAAUCCCAACUCUUGUAUAUAUAUUAAAAUAUAACUGUACUUAUUCUGCCACUAGUAUCUGUACCCUCUCCAUUAAAAUGCAACAUGUGUAAGCUUGCCUAAAUAGGUUACUAAAUCUGUCUAAAAGAUGUUUUACUGCAGUUUUGUCAUUAAAGCUUAGUUUGUUUUAUAUGAAACUUAACCUGCCUUAUUUCUUUCUUGUUAAAUCUGAAAUGGCCUUUUUUAGACGCAAGUCAAAUGUCCGUGUUUUUCCUCUGUUUCUGAUUCAAAACCGCCUUUUAAAUCUAAAUGAAUGUAUUGACGACGGUAACCGUACCAAAUGAUGUCUUGAAUGAUUAUCAAAAGAGCACAACUUAUUCUUUCUCUCUCUUUCUAUACUUUUUAAAAAGGACCCAGAGGUAAGACCUCUAAAAUAACCUGGAUAGCUUCCUAAUGUGUAUAGAGUUCUAAUGCAUUGAAUGCCUGGGUAUGUAUCAGACUUUUUCAAUCCUCUUACCUGUGGUCGUAAAUUAACUGACUUCAAACCACCAUUCAGGUCUAGGUUCAUUGUCAUGAAUGACGCUGGCGCAAUGGCGAUUUAAUACACAGUAAUGGCAGAGCAAUGGAGAGGAUGGUUAUAACCUAGAGAGCUCCACGGUAAAGGUAAACUAACCAUAAAUGUUUAAUUUCAAAGUGUGUUCAUUUGACUUAAACUUGCUGGUAAUACCGUAAAAUUUCGUAAAACCAUUAUUACUGUCAUGGCAUCGCAAAAAGUAAGACCAAGCAUAAUUAGUUGUACCAAAAUAACAUGUCUGUGUACAGUUAAAAUAUCCUAGUGUUAAUGCAACUCUUGCUAAAAAUGAAUAAAUCACUUCCAAUAUCUUUUGUACACUUUGAGCUGCUGUUACAUUUCUUUAUUUGCAAUAUUUGUGAAGUGUAAUAUUUAAAAAAAAAAAGUUGUGCCUGUAGAAGAAGUCCAAAAAGACAGCUUGAGUUGCAUGAGCAUAUCUUUUCCUGUAGACAUUGCAUGUGAUCUGUCUCAGUUUCUCUCAGAACCUCAGACGGGGUAUUGAUUUUCUUCUUG